AUGUCCACUACCACGACCAUCACGGAGCAAGCUCGCGUCAACCCCAGUCUACACGGCUUCGGCCGGAUGCGGGUGGAUGGCACCGACCAGCAGUAUGGUGAUUUCCGUGAUGAGUUGACCCGCAACGGCUUUGCAGUCGUCAAGGGCGCAAUUCCCCGCGAGAAGGCUACAAAGUAUGCAGAUGAGAUGUACUCCUGGCUGGAGAACUUCAAUUUGGGAUUUGAUCGCAAUGAUCCUUCCACUGUGCACAAGGACAACCUCCCAGUCAUCAACGAGAAGGGUAUGUGCUUGCACUAUGGGCUGGCUCAUGAAUCCUUUGUCUGGGGCGUGCGCAGUGAACCCGGCGUGGUCGCCGCCUUCGAGAAGAUCUACGAUGACGAGGACUUGAUUGUCUCGUUUGAUGCCACCAACUUCCAAUUCCCAAACCGCACCGACCUUGCUCCCAACAAGCCCUGGCCACACCAGGAUCAGGAUCCGGAGAAGCCUGGAUUUCGAUGCAUGCAGGGACUGGUGAACCUGUUGCCCAAUGGCCCUGAGGAUGGCGGUCUGAUCGUCUGCAAAGGAGGGCACCUCGUAUCCGAGCAAUUCCACAAGGAGAUGGCCGACGAGGAGCGUAUCCCGGCCUGGACGCCCGAAUGGUACGGCUUCACCGACCGCGGUAUGAAGUGGCUCGAAGACCACGGCUGCAAGUGGGAGAAGGUCUGCGCCGAGCCCGGCGACCUUUUGCUCUGGGAUUCUCGCACUCCCCACUACAACCUAAGCCCGAAGGCCAGCCAGCCCCGAUUUGCGAUUUACACUUGUUUCAUGCCCGUAGCAGAUGCCACCCAGGAGGACCUGGUGCGCAAGAAGGAUGCCUUCGAGCGCCGUGUGGGGACUACCCACUGGCCUAACGCGAGACAUACCGGCUCGAAUGUUGCCCAGCGCGAUGGCAAGGAGGACCCUCACAACCGGCAGGGUCCCGUCGGCGAGGCUGUACUCAGUGAACGCGCGUUCAAGUUGACGGGUAUCCCGUACAUCAAGGACCCAUCUGUCAGUAUGAAGCAGUCUAUUGUGGCGGCUUGA